AUGGAGCCUCCUCAGCCGACUUUUUCCUUUCUUACGCUCAUCCAUCACUUGGUGAAGCAAUCACAUGAUGAAUUGAAAAGAUGUGUGGUAGAAAUAAAGAAGGUAAUGGAGGCUAAUGAUCAGUCGACUCGAGAAUCAUCCGAUAGGGAAGCUUUAAUGAAGAAACAAAUUUUGUAUCAAUACUUUCAGGAAACUCGGGAGAGGUUCAUCCGAUUACUUGUACUGUUGAGAUGGUCAAAGAAAUCAAAGAAGACCCUUGAUAAAUUAAACCAGGUGGCAUCAUCCAUGGAGAUGAAAGCAAAUGCGUUUGAUUUGGCUGCUUUUACGUUGUUUUUCACAUCCAAAAAGGUUGGAAGCUUGAUUGAACCAGUAUUUGACCUUCCUACUGCGAUUGAUGUGUUGACAACUGGAACAUAUCCCAGACUUCCAAACAUUAUGCAACAGUUUCGAGGAAAUUUACAAAAUACACAUGAGGAUUUUACCACUAAAGACAAAGAAACAGCUGUGUCCAAACUAACAGAUCUUAUUUGUAUGAAAUUAUUGCAAUGUACCAUACCAUCAAAUAUGUUUGUAAAUAAGUUGGAGAAUGGACAAGUGAACCUCAUUGCUGAGAAUGAGUUUUCUAUUAUCAUGACAUUAAAUCACAAACAAGAGUUGAGUAGUGGAAGCUCUGACGAUGUCAAAUACUUUUGGCAAAUUAUUUAUUUGGAUUUACUUGUCAAUGAGGUUGGAGUUACUGUGAGUCCUUUAUAUGACGAGCUUAUUCAUGGAAAGCUUAUUCCCGUGUUGCAAAAAAGACUUUAUUUUCUUGAUGAGUCUGACACGGGUGUCUCUUGUAUGGUUGACCUUUAUAAUACUAUUCAUGCAGUGGUUGUAAGGAUAGCAAUGGAUAUUCUAACCAAACAAGCAAAACAGCUGCGAUGGGGAAAUGACGUUAUAAGUUGUGAUACAUUUAAUGACAAUAUUGAUGAAGAUCUUUCAUUGUCGAUCAAAUAUUGGCUCAAAGCUCCACCUAUGGUAACUUUUAUGGAAAAAUAUACAUCAGCCGAUCCUGGAGUUGUGGACGAAAAAUCAACCCUCCUCAAAGAAAAGAGCGCUAGAAAUGAGAUUAGAAUAUUUGUGGACAAAUCAAAACAAAUAAUUUUCGAUUAUCAGCCAAAAUUGAAAUUAGAUUUUUCUCCACAACUUAAUUUGUCCAAGAUUAAUCUAAGUCAAACAAUUACAGAGUGCAUAUACGCUCAUACUGUGGAAAGACUAUGUUGCAUUCGUAAUCAUCUUUUGAUGGAAAGGAUAUUUGAAAAUAUUGUGAUUCUUACUGAUCCAUCCACAAAUCAAGCAGAGCUUUGUAUUAACGUCUUUGAAGACUAUAUGCUUAGAUUAAGUAUUGAUUGGAAAACUGGAUAUUUUCUCCUCUCUCUAUCAUGUGACGAUCAAAUGAUAAACGUAGAUUUCUCUGAUAUUCUCUACAGACUUAAUAACAUAGACAUCAGAAAAGCCAAGUUUUCUCAGGUAAUUACGGACGUUCUAGAAACUGCAAGAAAGCGUACAAUCAUUUAUGCAUACAAAUCUGCAGCACAAUUAUUAGAUUUAGAGGUAUUUCCAACAUUAUUUGAAGGAGGCACGGGAACUUUGGACCAAACUAUCUAUUUUGGAUUUCCUAACAUCAGUACUGCUUUUAUUCAAAUUAAGGCUGUUGAAUUUGCAUACAUGAGAUCAAAACCAUUGGUAUCAUGCCGAAUAAUUAUCGAAAAACAUCCAAAGCUAAUCGAUAUCCCUGUUCCUUCAUCUCUCUUUUUAGACGUUUAUUCUCUCAAUACAGACGAGGAGGAUAAUGAAAAUAUUGGUGAACCUAAUUCUAAACGUGUGAAAAGAAUGAAAAGUGCCGCAUUCCAGAAUACACUUGUAGCAUUUAGACACAUGAAGCAAGUGAUUAACUCCACCAAGCACAAAGUUUCUUUUAGUACCAUGUUGAGACAAGUCCAGUCAUCAUCCAAAUUCUCUUUUGAAUUAACAGAUCAAGAAUAUGAAAUGAUCAUUUUGCCAAAUGAAAGUUGCGGACUGAGCUAUUUCGACAUUGAUUACAUUUCACUUUCGGUAGAUGUCGACAAUGCGCAAUGGGUAGCAACAUGCUACGAGAGAAAACCACUUCCUGUGAUUAUUCCACCAACUGUUGCUCCAAGCAACUAUGUCAAUGGUAGACUUACCUUCAAGUACAGCACCAUUAGAAAUUCUAAGAAUAUUUUCGAUGAUCUUUAUCAAGAUUUACUAUCUGUAGAUAAGAUGUAUCCACUUUCACUGCAAUUAAUUUAUCCUAGUCCACAUUUCGCAGUGCUUCUUGAACAAACUUGCAAUAUUGAGUGGGUUUCUCACACUAAAAUACGUUUGGAUUACGGAAAAUCUGGAUACAAGGCCAUGAUCAAGUGGGCUGAGAAAAAGUUUAAAUUAGUUUUACAUCCGACUUGUAGAUUUGAAUAUGAUCUGGAAGAUUAUUUAAACAAAUCUGUUCGCUAUGAUCAAUAUGGAGAAUCAAUGUUCAAGUUGACCCAACUUUUACUCAAGUUUGUUCUUCCUUUGAAUAAGCUGAAACAAAUGUUAUGGGAGAGAAAUCCAACACAAUGGUAUUUAAUUCCAAGAAGUGUGUCAGAAUUUAAAGUCAUUUAUCAAACCACACUUUCUGACAAAGCCACUAACAGAGAGUUCAUAGUUAUUUGCAAACCCACUAGUGAGAUUGAAAUUAAGGAAAUUCAAGCUCAUACCACUAGUGGAGAAGUAUUUCAAGUAACAGCACAAUCAUAUGGUGAUGACCUGGAUCAAGCCAUACUGAAGUUAAAGAGAUAUGUUGGUUUGACAAAAGUCCUUGACAAUCUGCGAGCUGCUCUUUUAUACAAAUUUUAUGCUAAAGUUGACGAAGGUCCAAAGUUAACGUUCGCCGCCCAGCAUGGACCCAUCUAUAGUUACACAUGCGAAUACCAAGAUUAUGAACUCAAGAUCACUCAGAUGACACCAAAAACUCCAGUUCCAAUCCUUAACGAAGCUGAAGAAGAGUUUUUAAAAGAUGCUUUUACAAGGCGCUAUCUUAAUCCUGCACUUUAUACUGGAGUUUUCUUAUCAGGAGCAUUUUACUCCAAAUCCUUUAUUCAAAUUUUAUUCUUGCCUUCAUCUUUAUUCAAAGAUACUGUUCAAACCUGGUAUGCACUGAAAGAUAGAAUUGAUUUUGUGUUUUUUUUGCCAUAUCCUCUUCACACGUCUAGCUCACGGCACUUGUAUGAUGUUAGUAAGGCCUCUGGUGAAUUGCGUGUUCCAAAGGUGUUUGCAAAUCAAAUCACUCCUCAAAUUUCAAUGAUUGAAACUGAUAGCAGCACGACUACACCUGCAGCACGUUUCUUUGUAAGAGUCUAUAUUCAAGACGACUAUGUUGAUUUGCCAAUCGAGUUUUCUCAAAACACUGCUGACCCAGUCAAAUUUAAGUUAGCUAAUGGUGACUCCAACACCACUAUUACAACUGCUGGCUCUAGUAUCAUUGAACAAGCCCAAAAACAUCCUACACCGGGCUCUUCAGUGGAUAAUCCAUUGUUCAGGUUAUUAAGCUACAUAUUGGAUCAUUGCACAAUUCAGCAGCUCAUGGACAUGCCACCUUGUCCGAACAAAUAA